CUAUCGAAGCCAAUUGCAAUACCCGCUACAAGUGCAGACUUAGGAUCUGCAUUCCUGAGAGCUUACCCACCUGUGUUGGAGGAUGUAAACAUUUCUCGAAUCGAGUUUCUAGAGUUUCUAGACCACCUCAACCGCGCCAUCGUCGCAAGCCCAGGGCUGCGAGCUCUCAGCAUUGCCUCAGAUGCUGCUGGAUUUGUGCCCGAGCCUACUGCUCAGAUUGUUUCGACCGCAGCUGGCAUUAGCGCAACCGUAGGCACCUUUGCUAUGUCCAAGACCCGAUCUGAAAUGGUCAUUCGACAAGCGAAUAAAGACAUCUUCUUUCCCAGAGGCUUGGAGGUGAAAAUUGCAAAGUUGAAAUACGUUGCCAAGCUUGCCAACAUGCCUAUAUUGAACGAGAAAGGAGAUAUAGACAAGCAGUCGCCAAUUUUGGAACCACUCCAGGUUCUUGCCGAGUCAAAUGAGCUCAGAACCAUCAGCGCUCAGCAGCGCCGUCUAAGAGCCCUUGAAACGUGGAUUUCUCCUCUGACGAUUGAGGAGCUUCCUCCAGUCGCGAAUCCAUCCAAUGUGUUCAAGAAAGUGGAUGCCUUUGUCAGUGAGAUGGAGCGAAAAUCCGCAGAGAAGUCUAUGCUUAAGAAGAGAGUCAAGGUGAAUGACAAACACGAGAAAGCAAGCCAAAAUGCGCUGUCAAAAUAUGAAAACUCGAUGAGACGUUUCGAAAACAGGGCGUACGGCUUUGGCGCAGGUGACCGUCACGCAAGCAGAGAUCUAGAGCGGCUUGAAGAUCGUCGCUUGAAAGCCACAGUAAAGUACGAAAAAGAUGUUGAGAAGGCGCAGAAGAGGUACAAGAAACGGGACAGAGAGGAGAAGAGCAUCAGGCGAAUCAACUUUCUUGUGAUU